AUGGCUGCACAGGACGGUUUUGUAUCUGGCAGUCAUAGAGUCAUAGACCCUCCCCAAAGACACCCGGCCACACAUAAACAAGUAGAGUACGAGAGAGACUGUGCCCUUCUCUCUCCCAAAUCCUGCCACCACUUGCUACCAGACCAGACCUACCUAGUCGGAGAUUCCCAGAUGGUGAGCGUCAACUGGCAUAUUGCGUCGCAGCUUAACAAACUAGCCGCGUCAGGUAUGGUCCAAACGAGUAUUCCCCUCUCCGGAAAAGCCAGUGUCUUAGGGAAAGCAGGGGUGCGUCGGUACUUCCUGGGGUCUAAAGAUAACCUCGAUAAGAGCCGCCGCCCCCAUCACAUCACUGACCAGCAAAAGAGUGCCAUCCAAUCCAUUCCUCGUAAAAAUUCCAAGAACCGCCAGUGGAAUAAAUACUUACCUGUAGCAAUGCCACAAUUAUUGACCACGGCAGAGGCCCACAGUCAGCCCCGUUGGAGGUGA